CCUCACUCAACAUUGUGGAGGCACAUGAUUGCAAUGUGACUCAGCUAGGUGUCAGGUGUGGCUUUUAGUCAAAGCUAGCAACAUCAUUCUGUUUAAGUUCAAAGCCAAAUCUCAGAGCUAGCAGCCUUUCCUUUUGGCAGGCCAAAUGACGUGUCUUGGACCAAAUUGUAGAAUUGGGCACCGGAGCCUGAUGGGCAUUCUCCUGCUGGGCUGCUUGCUGACCUGUCUACUGUACCGACCUGCUAUCACCUGGCUCCCUGUCCUGGCCAAGCACUUCCAGGCGGAGCACAAACAGGAUGUUACCGUGCUGGUCUGGCACUGGCCCUUUGACCAUCCCUUUAAACUGAACUCCUGCAGGUCCUUGUACAACAUCGAAGGCUGUCAUCUGACAGUGGACAGAGAGCUGUACAGUCAAGCAGAUGCCGUUCUCAUCCACCACAGAGAAAUCGAAGAGGAUUUAUCCAACCUGCCCCAAGAACCACGGCCCUCCUUCCAGAAAUGGGUGUGGAUGAAUUUCGAAUCGCCGGCACACACGAAUAGAAUACCUGGCUUGGAAGAUCUGUUUAAUGUGACUUUGAACUACAGGCAGGAUGCAGACAUCAACAUGCCUUAUGGAUCUCUCGUCCCUCGGACUGAAGAGAGGGAGGAGUUUGUCCCGCAUAAAAACCGACUGGUCUGUUGGAUCGUUAGCAACUGGAACCGAGAACACAAGAGGACUUGGUACUACAUGGAGCUGCGCAAAUUCAUCAGGAUUCACACCUACGGGAACCCUUUCAACAAAAAGGUAUCUCUUAGUGAAUACAGAAUGAUCGUGGCCAGCUGUAAAUUCUACUUGUCUUUUGAGAACUCCGUCCAUAAGGACUACAUCACAGAAAAACUAUAUAACGCUCUCAAGUUGGGCGCAGUUCCUGUGGUCAUGGGCCCGACAAGAGGGAACUAUGAGAAGUUCAUCCCUGGAGAUUCCUUCAUCCAUGUGGAUGACUUCCGCUCGCCCAGAGCCCUGGCCAAACACCUCCUCUUCUUGGACGAGAAUGAGGAGAUGUACCGUAAAUACUUCAAGUGGCAGAGGAUCCACACGGUCCGUAUCAACAACUUCCCCAUUCAGAAUGCCUGCAACAGCUGUGAGUACAUCAGAGGCCACCCUGAGAAUCGGAUGGUUACUGAGCUCUAUAAAUGGUUCUGGGAGGAGUGAUGCUGAGACACUUGGAGCAAAUCUACUACAAAUGAACGAUAUCCACUUCUCCAUAGUCAGGGGGGGCUGAGCAAUAUGUAUCUUUUACACAACGGCAGAAGUGCCAAAAAUGAUAUUUCAUUAAAGUACAUUCACCGAACUUCCCCCACUUGAACAAUUCAUGGGGUGUUACAAGUUAUAUUUAUAUAUGUUUUACUUCUGUGCUCUUCGCUACUGCUCUACCACAUGUUAACUGAUGAAAACAGUGUGAUGGUGACAUACAAUGCUUGUUUACUAUUGGGUCGUUCCACUAAAAGAGUGCCUUUCGCAUCCUUUUUAUAUUGGUGCACAAUGUUCUGCACUAAUAUUACAUUUUAAAAGCCUGUUAUAACAAAGUGCCCUUUUUAAUAGAGACCCAAUGGAUAAUUCAAUAAAUCAGAUAUGUAUAAAGGCUUGCUGAAGUGCCAAAAUGUAGCCUAUUGACAUGUCCCUCCAUCAACCCUGUGUCACUUCUAGGAACAUUUUAACCCACUUAAUACCCAAAUUUCUCCAAGUUUCAACAUCAUUGUAAAGCCAUAGUUAUUGUACUUGGACAAAGUAAUCUCUGAAGAUUUAUUUAUUUCAUGUAAUUCAUUUACGUCUGUCCCUCAUUUUAAGGUCAACCCUGUUAUGUGAACUGAACUUAAUAUUUACCUUUAUUUAACUAGGCAAGUCAGUUAAGAACAAAUUCUUAUUUUCAAUGACGGCCUAGGAACAGUGGGUUAACUGGUCUAGGAACAGUGGGUUAAUUGGUCUAGGAACAGUGGAUUAACUGGUCUAGGAACGGUGGGUUAACUGGUCUAGGAACAGUGGGUUAACUGGUCUAGGAACGGUGGGUUAACUGGUCUAGGAACAGUGGGUUAACUGGUCUAGGAACGGUGGGUUAACUGGUCUAGGAACGGUGGGUUAACUGGUCUAGGAACGGUGGGUUAACUGGUCUAGGAACGGUGGGUUAACUGGUCUAGGAACGGUGGGUUAACUGGUCUAGGAACAGUGGGUUAACUGGUCUAGGAACGGUGGGUGAACUGGUCUAGGAACAGUGGGUUAACUGCCUUGUUUAGGUAUGGUGAAAUAUGGUGAAACUAUUCGAGCAGAUCACGUCAACCCUGUUACUCAGACAGGCUUUCAUUCAAUUGCCAUUCCCUUUCGCACCAACCUUCCGUUCCCCUGUCACAAGUGGAUGUCUGGCUUAUUUAAGAAAUAAUCAUCAGCCCUGUUACUUUUUGGGGUUGU